UGGCUGGAUGGAGAUUUGAACUCAGGGCUUCCCAGUCCUUGCCCAGCGAUUGCAUUUGGUGAAUCCCUGCCUGCCCUGCACCUGUUGGACACAGCGACAGUGUCUGUGCCUUCGGGGGGAAAGAAACCAAAGUGGCCGAACGAGCGCAAGACAAGGGACGCUUUGCAGGAACAAGGGGGCGUGAGUGGAUCACCCGGUUCACGUGGCUUCAUAGCAACAGCAGUAUUGCGACAGGCUGGUAGCCUCGAAGCCGCAGGAGCGGCCCGAUGCACUGCUCUCGACGGAGCGGGCGGGGAGUCCCGAAUUGCCUGCUGCCCUAGCCCUUUCUCCCCGUGACUCGCCCAAAGGCCCCGCAGCUCUUCAGCAACUGCAGGCGGGGCGGCCCUGGCGGAGGCCCCUUUGCCCGGCGAGGAAGUCGCUCUGGCUCAGCUGGGUGCUGCUGGGGCGAGAGCAAAGGAGGAAGGAGCCGACGCUUGGGAGGGACAGCCAGCCAGCUGCCCAGCAGGCGGGGCCCAAAGGAGCCGGGCGGCUGCGGCUGCUGCUCAGUCAGUGGCUCCUGGCGGACAGACGGAGAGGACGGCUUCUUGGGCGCGGAGGAAGGCUCCACCCGCGCGCGCAGGCGAGGGCGCCGCGCAACUCAGCCCUGCUGCGGUGCGGUCCCGUCUUCGCGCCGGCGCCCUGCCCUGCGGAGGUCUGGAGGGGAGCCGCUCGCUCCCUUGCUCCGGUGGGCCAGAGUCUCAGGUACCAAGUAGUCGGUCCCAAAGACCAAGAAGCGAAAUAAGAAAAUGGCCACCGCAAAUUCACUCAGCCACCUUGCCUAUUUCUUCGGCAACAUCACCCGUGAGGAGGCGGAGGACUACCUGUUGCAAGGCGGUCUCAGCAACGGGCUCUACUUGCUGCGGCAGAGCCGGAACUAUCUGAGCAGCUUCGCCUUGUCGCUGGUGCAUAACAGUCGGGUGUACCACUACACCAUCGAGCAGGAGAAAAGCGGCUCAUAUGCCAUUGCAGGGGGGAAGUCCCACAGGAGUCCUGUGGCGCUGAUCGACUACCACUCGGACGAAGUGGACGGACUUAUCUGCCUCCUCAGGAAACCCUGCAAUCGGCCGCCGGGGGUGGAACCCAAAACAAGUCAGUUCGAAGACUUGAAGGAGAAUUUAAUCAGGGAAUAUGUCCAGCAAAGGUGGCACUUGCAGGGCCCCGACCUUGAGCAAGCGGUCAUUAGUCAGAAACCAAAACUAGAGAAGUUGAUUGCUAACUCAGUCCAUUUGAAGAUGCCCUGGUUCCAUGGGAAGAUCUCUCGGGAGGAAUCAGAACAACGGGUUCUUCUAGGGACAAGAACAAAUGGGAAAUUUUUAAUCAGGGAAAGGGACAACCACGGCUCCUAUGCGCUCUGCCUGCUCCACGAAGGAAAAGUAGCCCAUUAUCGCAUUGAUAAAGACACGAAGGAUAAACUCUCCAUUCCAGAAGGAAAGAAGUUUGAUACUCUCUGCCAGCUCGUGGAACAUUAUUCCUACAAAGCAGAUGGCCUGCUAAGAACAAUCAGAAAUCCAGUUCAAAAUCCAAAUGCAAAUGGUAACAAUAUUCGCCACACCCUCCCACUUCCUAGAGCUCCUUCCAAGACUUGGUCAGCAGGUGGAAUUAUCACCCGAAUCAAGUCAUACACUUUCCCAAAGGCGGGAAGGAAGAAGCCGUCACUUGUACGUUCUCCUGGGCAGAAUGACAAUCCUGAACCGCAAGCACGGAACACUUACGUGGCACGGACGACAAGAGGUGAACAGAGGGAUGCCUUACCCAUGGAAACGGAGGUCUAUGAGAGUCCCUAUGCAGAUCCAGAAGAACUGAAAGUCAAAAAUGUCACCCUGGACAGAAAGCUGCUGACGCUGGAAGAAAAGGAACUCGGCUCGGGUAACUUUGGCACGGUGAAGAAAGGCACUUAUGAAAUGAAAAAGGGUAAGAAGGUUGUGGCUGUGAAGAUUCUCAAGAAUGAAAGUAACGACCCAGGCCUGAAGGACGAACUUUUGAAAGAAGCAAACGUCAUGCAGCAGCUGGAUAACCCCUACAUUGUCCGCAUGAUUGGCAUCUGCGAGGCGGAGUCCUGGAUGUUGGUCAUGGAAAUGGCUGAACUUGGCCCCCUGAAUAAAUACUUGGUGAACCACAGAAAUGUCUCAGAGAAGAAUAUAAGCGAGCUGGUUCACCAGGUAUCCAUGGGGAUGAAGUACUUGGAGGAGCACAACUUUGUGCACAGAGAUUUAGCUGCAAGGAAUGUCCUGCUGGUUACCCAACAUUACGCCAAGAUCAGUGAUUUUGGACUUUCCAAAGCUCUUGGCUCUAGUGACUAUUACCAGGCAGAACAUUCUGGGAAAUGGCCAGUCAAGUGGUACGCACCGGAAUGCAUCAACUUCUUCAAAUUUUCUAGCAAGAGCGAUGUCUGGAGCUUUGGUGUACUAAUGUGGGAAGCUUUUUCCUAUGGUCAAAAACCAUACAAAGGCAUGAAAGGAGUGGAAGUUGCUCGGAUGCUUGAGAGAGGGAAGCGAAUGGAAUGUCCAGCUGCCUGCCCACCUGAGAUGUAUGAAUUAAUGAAAUUGUGCUGGACAUAUAACGCUGAUGAUCGGCCUGGGUUUUCCACCGUGGAGUUCAGGCUGCGCAACUUCUACUAUGACAUCGCCGAAUAAGAGGGUGGUGAGCUUCAACUGGUGCUCUUUGUGGCAGAAGACCCCAUGGGAGGCAGGUGGCCAGGAACUGCCCUUUUCAAACCAGCUCUCCAGCUGUGCCAUUGUGCACAAAAAGGCUUUGCAGUGGAACUGUGCUGCUUCUCAAAGCAUCCCCCCCCCCCUUUAAAGUCACUUGCAAAGUGGGAUUCCUGUCACUAUAUUUUCAUUGGUUGUGCUGUUACAUAUAGGUGUGUAUGCAGCAAGUGCUUUUGCGUAUCAGCUCUUUUGGUUUCUGGAUCCAAUUCAAGUUUCUGGUUUUGUCCUUUAAAGCCCUAACAAUUUGGGUCCUGGAUAUCUGAAAGACUGCCUGUUUCUGAAGGUCUCUGUCUGCCAGUCAAGAGCAGGGGUUCUGUUCUAUGUGCUGACCUUGAGAAGGCUCGAUUGUUGUGUAUGUGGGACAGGGCCUUCUCGGUCAUUGCCCCCAGGCUGUGGAAUACUCUACCAAUAGGCAUCCGCUCCUCUAUCUUCCUCACAGUUUUUAGAAGAAAGGUAAAAUAGCCUAUUCGCAUCAGGGUGGAUAGGAGGCCAGACAAGAUGUUACCCUAUAUGCAACACACAGGCAUCCCCUCAGCUUGGUUUUGCAAACCCAGCAACACAGAAGCAUGGCUGCCGAGGGAUCACGCAGCAGAAUCAGCAGCUGCAAGCUCCACUGCAGGUUCUCCAAGGGCCCAUAUGCCUUCCCAGAAUGUUUUGUGCUGCCAGCAGACUGGAAAAGCUUCAUGACGGCAGCAACUGCCUUCCCACUGGUCAUGAAGGAGCAGGAAGCGGACACAGCCCUGCCAAAGCUGCUCCAGAGGAAGUACUGAAAUCUGAUGAGCCUAUCAGAAAACCAUACAGUGUACCACUCGUUGAUGAUUAUGGCAAAGUGUUACUACAGCAGCCUCAGGAUCAUAGAGUGUGUUCUGCAGGGUAGUGCACUCAUUGAUGGUAGCUGCCGGAGUGACAGUUCUCUAUGGUUUCCAUGUGGGGGAGGGUAUGCUGAGUGCCAAAUAGCUGGAUAGGAAAGACAAAUAGGUUCUCACAACCAGGAAAACAGGGUAGGAGGCCUCUUUUCUCCUCCAUCCUUGGUCAAAAGCUGGGUACAAAAGCUAGGUAGCCCUUCUGAGAGUAACCUGGGCUGGAGGGAAUUGCGUGCGUUCUGACGAUCACGCAAAUCAGGGUAGCCCCACCUCAAUUUUAAGUCGUGUCAGCCAGCCUAAAGACUUGGCUUUUUACUUGGGCUUUUAUAGAAAGGGUGCUGUUUUCCUCUUCUGCUGAUGCUGCUUGUAUUGUUUUAUUGGGAGUCUGCUUUUUAAUUCCUUCAUAGAUUUGUAUAUUGAAUAUUUGUAUUUAAUAUUUGUACUGUUUUUAAUAGAUUUGUGCUGUUUCAAUAUGUUGUGAACCACCUGGAGAUUAUUUUUUAAUGAAAAGUGAUAUAUAAAUUUCUCAAUAAACAAAGAAAUAAA